AUGAUAUCAGAUUCAGAUGAAUCGUCAACCACUGAUAAUCAUGAUUACACUUUAGACGACUACUACAGACUAGUUAAACCCUUGUGGUCGCACAAGAACGUUAAAUUUGACCCAAAAAUCAACCACCACAAAGUGUUUCGCACCUUAGUUGACUUUAGUCUAACACGAACCACGCUAUUGUCAGACUCGCAAAAAAGAAACAUUGCUAUAGGAGACUUGUCCGCAAUCAAAAUUAAGAACAUCGAUAGUAUUGUCGUUCGAAUAAACGACAACAAUUCGGAGAUCCGCUCAUCUAUUUCCCACAUCACUAAUACUGAUACCGACCAACUUGGAAGCACAAGUCACAGUCUGUCAUCAUCGCCGGCUAGUGUGAGCCAAUAUCGAUCAUUUUUGAGAUCAAAAUACAUCGAGUUUUGUCCCCAUACUGCAAUUAGUGUCUAUUUAUUUAGUCGAUUUCAUAUACCUGAUCUUGAUGGCCAGUUGGAGUUUCCAAUAGACGACGAAUUUGAAGUGGCCUCUGUCUAUAAGGCAAAACUACUAAGAGGAAACAGUAACCUAACGCCAAUGUCACCAUCCCAACAACUCAAGACAAUUAAGAAGGCUUUGGAAAUUGCCGGAUUCAACUUUGAAAAGACAAAUUUGAAAAAUUUAUUAUUGGCCCACACAUUCGAAAUACCAAAGGAGUUUCUAGCUAAAUCAGUUGAAGAACUACCAUUUUAUGCAAUGAUACAGUUGGCCGGAUUCGAGACUGUGAAUGACUAUUCAAUAUUACGAUCUUCAAUCAACCCACCACAGGAUUUGAUGGACAAAAUAUUUCCGUUUAUAAAUAAAUCAAGAGAAGAUCAGGAAGAAGUCAGGCCAAAAAGUAAUGAUAUGGUUGAUGACAAUGACCUGGAGAGACAACACGCUCAUGAUAGCAAUUACCAACAACUAAGAAAGCUACUUGGAAUGUUACGAAGAAGUUUGUGUCAAGAUAUGCUCAUUAUUAAACGAAGGUACCCUCAUAACCCCCUUCUGAAGUGUGAUGUUUUCAACUCCCCCGAAUUUGAAGCUUUUGUAAAGGAAGUAGAAAAAUGCGGUGAAUAUGAUCGCUUAAUGAGAGAAUCAUGUUUCAAUCCCCAAGAUGAUGAGACGGAAAGUGAUUCUGAUGAUCCUUGGCCGUCAUCGAUUGAUUUUGACUCAAAGGAGGACCUACAACACCUAGUGGAAUUUCAAAAUAAGAAGCUUAAGACUAUGGAAAAGGGAAUUGCAAGGAGCCUACAAAAACAACACGACACAUCCACCUAUUUGUAUGAUUUCAUUGCUAAGCAAACGGAAAUCAUGAAUAAACAAAGUGAUUUUUUGCGUAAUAUUCAAAAUUCAAUCAAUGGGUUAAUCAUUUUAAGCUCUUCCAAAAAUAAAAGUUCUGAAUAUUUGGCACAACAAAGUUUACAAGAUACAGCAAGGUACAUCAAUAGUGGAGAAAGUGAGUAUAUAAGAGCUGGAAUUGAGAAUACUUUGGAGUUGUUAUCUCGAAUGAGGGGACAACAACGACAAGGUAGUAGUGGUGAUUCAAUACUCCCUCGGCAACCACAAGUUCCCCAACAAACUCAGGCAUAUCCUUACGCAUAUAAUAAACCGGUACCUACAGGUUAUCAAUCAUCGCAUUAUCAACAGCAGAUACCAGUCUCUUUUCCCACAACUUCAACACAUAGACCGUCGGAAACAUCUAUUUCAACUCGAUCUUCAAUGAUUUCAACCAGUAGUCCACAUUUUCAACCAGCAUUAUCACAUUUGCAAUCUCAACAACAACAUCAGCAUCAGCAUCACCAUUUACCUCCACUGUCGUUGUCUCAUACACCACUAAGCCACAAUACCGCACUAGCUCAUCCUCUUCAUCAUCAACUGUCCCAGCAUAAUGAACCAUUUCAAAGUCCAUCAUCUUCUACAUUAACCCAAGAUGCUCAAGCCCACAAGACAGCAAGAGAAUUGACUUUAGAAAAACGAUUAUCUCGUCAAGCGUCGACAUUAUAUGAAAUGUGGGAUGAUUUUAAAAGCUUGGAAGAGGAAUUGAGACAACAUGAUAUAUCUGUUACCGAAUGGCUAAAAGUACACGGUUCAUCUGAGCGUCAAUUUCGCCAUACAAGAUUGAAAAUCAUAAAGUUUGUUGAAGAAGAAGCUGCGAGGCGUAAUGUUCCAGUCGAGAUUGUCAAAGAGAUGUUACACAAUAAGAUGAGAAAUCGAUUACGACCUUGGACAUUGGAUGAAGUACAAAGGAUGUUGACUUCAGGCAGGAGAAUUGAUUUGGAUGAUCCCAGAAUAUGA